CCCUAAGCCGUUACUUCCCCCUCUCUCCCUCUCUCUGCAUUUUCCCGGAAAAAAAAAAAAAUUACCAAUCUGCUGCGAAAAGACAAAAGUAUUCCUUGUAUGGUCAAAUUGUUCGUCAAUAGACCUUCCUCCCUCUUUCCUCCAUUUAAUCUCCAGAAAAAGAAAACACCAAUCAUCAUCUUCCGUCUCCUUUCCGCGUUGACCAGAUCUUUUCUUCUGAUGCUACAAUCAGACGACGCCAAUUCCACCAUGCGCUAACGGCAAAAGGAAGAAGCUUCUUUUUCUUUAAGAGUCUUUGUGAUUGAUCUGGAUCGACGUUUGGUGAUAGAUGGGGUUUUUGAAUAUCGUUUUACUUGUGGCCAUGAUUCUCAGUUUCAAUACCUUCCUCCUUGCUCAAUCACAACAAGAUCAAGAUCAAGAUCAAGAUCAAGAUCAACCCCAAUCUCCUCCUUCAUUUUGGGAGCCUCGAUCUCCGCCUCUUGAAUCUGGCAUUACGCAACCUCCUCCUCCUCCUCCGCCUCAAUCCAGUGCUGUCAUUAUAGAGUCUCCUCCUCCACCACCAUCUCCAUCACCUCCUCCUCGGCCGCCGCCACCACCAUCGCCAUCACCUCCUCCUCCGCCUCCUCCUCAGAAUGCGCUAGCUUCUCCUCCACAUUCUAGCAGACAUAGACCACGGAGGUUAUGGCCGCCGCCACCUCCUCCGCCUCAACGGACAUUCAAGCAGUCGGAGAAAAGCGGGUUGAACACAGGGAAAACGGUUGGUUUGGUAUUCGCUGGAUUCGCGGGACUGCUGCAGAUCUGCGUGGUUGCCUUCUUGGUUUUCAAGAGGAAUCAGCUCUUAAGGAUGACACAUACUUACUGAUCUGGAGAGAAUAUAUAUACACAAUUAAUUGAAUUUUCAUUCAUAGCCUGGAAAAAAAAAGAAAAACAAAACAUUCUUGAUGAAUUUUUGAGAAGAUCAACAAAGAAGAAGCAUACAUUCUUGAUGUUUUCCUCUUUAUCGGAUCAAGAAUAUAGCCUUUUUCUCCUCCUCUGUAAAUGAUGGGUAUCGAUUUGUCAUUCUUUUUUCUUUGUAUUCUAUUUUUCCUUCUUUAAAAGGUUUUGUGUAGUUUUUUUUCGUUUACAUACCCUCCUAACAAGAUAUGCUGCUAACUAGAGUCAAACACAGAGGUCGGGAGGGGGGGAAGGAGAUAUGGGUUCUCUCAAGUCAUUUGUAUAAUUGUUUUUAGGCGAUUCGAUUCUGUGUGAGAAAUGAAAAACCAAUAUCUAACUUCGUUCUUGAAUGUUUUUGUUUCAUUCUCUAAAGGUUGUGUUCGCAGAAUAUUGUACUGUUAUUUCGGUUUGUUUGUGUGAUGUUAUAGUGAGAAAUCAAGGCAGGGUAUGAUAGGAUGAUCAUGUCUCUCUUUCUCAAUGUUUUUGCUUUUCUCAGAAACUAGACAGAUUCCUUGUCUGUUCUCUUAGGUUUUGAGUUUUGACAUUUUUUUUUGGUAAGAGGAACCGAUCAGCCCGUAACUGGUAGCUCUCGGAAUCAGCAAGUGUUGAAUCUUUCGUGUUUGGUAGCUCUUGUAAUUUAGAAUCAGAGUCUGUCUAAUCUGUAGUUCUGCAUCUUCCUAUGUAAUGUUGAGAUCUCGGUUUGGUUAGAGCUGGUGGUAUUGUGUAUUUGAAGAGCUUU